AUGCCAGUGGAGGUACAGCGUAAACUAACGGUGUUGGGGUACCCAGGCGUGGGCAAGUCGUCGCUCACCACGUGCUUCGUGGAGAACCGCUUUGUGGAGAAUUAUGACCCGACAAUUGAAAACACGUUCCACAAGACCAUCCGAGUGCGUAAUGCGCACUUUGUUACCGAUAUUGUAGAUACGGCAGGCAUGGAUGAGUACGCUAAUUUCUCGCAGGCAGCGUCGGUGGGUGUGCACGGCUAUGUGCUUGUCUACUCGAUCGGCUUGCGCACGUCGUUUGAGAAGUUGAAACUGAUUAAUGAGAAGCUCGUUAACAUGUUGGGCUCCAAGCCGCCGCGUGUAUUGGUUGGUAGCAUGUCGGAUCUAGAAAAGGCCAGGCAAGUGAGCGUAGAAGAAGGUCAGAUGCUGGCGAGCAAUUGGGAAUGUCCCUUUGUCGAGUGCUCGGCAAAAGACAAUGAGAACAUAAACGAGGUAUUUACUUAUCUAAUCAAGGAGAUUGAGCGAGAUUCCGGUCUGCUGGAGGAGAGCGACGAUUCUCAGUGCAUAAUUCUGUAA